AUGAGCGCCGGACUGGAAGCAGUCGCGUUGGCGUGGGGAGAAAAGGUGAUCUCCAGCAGGCGCGGUAACGUGGCGGUGAGCGUGAGGCCUACCUCGCUUUACAGCGUGUCACCACCUCCGGAUGCGACUGAAACUUUGCGAGAUAAUGUUUGCGUCACGUCAGAGUCGUCCGUGUCGGGAGAGAGCGCUCCGCUAGUGCGAACAUCUAGCAUCGAUCGAAGGUCAAUCUCGCGCGAGAACUCGUCUGAACGUAGCCUAACGAAUCUAUCACUGACGGACGGAGCCGUCAGACCGAUGAGGCGGAACAGCAGGCGACUCAGUUUCUAUAGUCUAUUCUCCACGCUGCGACAGAGUUCACGAAGCGACCGACAUCCGUGGGAUAGUUGGACGGUGCUCGACGGAAUGGCUCAGCGGCGAGACGUUUUGGGGUAUGGAAAGGAGCUGUUGAGACUACAGAAACGGGAAGACAUGCUGAGAUCGAAGCACGCGCUCGAGCCGCUGCUGACGGCUUUGCGAAUCGAGACGGAUGAACUUGGACGUGGCAGAGAGUCGUACGUUAUUGAGAAUAGGUUGACAUUGAAGGAAGCGACGGUGUUUGUUCCAAUGUUGGACGGUCGUUACCCUCCGCCGUUUACUCUCCGUCAACUGAGCGUCGGUUCGUGUGUGAAACUGUCGACCGGUGUGAACACGCGACGCUCGUCGAUAAUCGACGCAUUUGUUCACGUUUCUGUUCAGUCGAUUCAUCAGUACACGACGGGCUCUCUGCUGAGUGUAACUCGUCGUCUAAUAACGUCGAUCAGAACACUCGAAAACAAGAGGUCGUCGUCGUCCGAAAGCUCGCUUGGCGCACAGGAAAUUCACUUGGACUCUCAAUAUUUGCACCCGUUUCUCGUAGACAGUAGAAGAAACGAAGAUAUUGAGGCUAGUGUAUUCACAGUUAGACAGCGCCGACCGGACACGUUUACGGAUGUCUUGCUAAGUCUAGCGGAAGCGUCGAGAGAACGAGAGAAAUCGAUGGAAGAGACACGCGGCGACGACGUACAACUUGAGGAUCGAGGAGACGGAGAUGGCAGUGCGGGCGAUACAUUACGAGGCAAUUUGGCGACGGAACGAGACGUUGUCAUUACCAUCGACACGUCACAAGACGAACAGCGCGCCAGUUUAGACUCCGAGUUACCUCUCCUUCCCACUGCGAGCCCCUCGUCUUUCGACUCCGUCAGUCCACUCCGACCGCUCGUCGUUUCGAAUCCGAUCGGAUCGAUCUCCGAGUCUCAGUCGAUACUCAGUGAUGCUCGGCUAAAUACGGACGAGUCGUUAGGCACCCGUCAGCCUCCUUGGGGGAGUAUGGCGCCGUUGAGUGAGAUGAGACAUGUAACUCUUAGUUCGUGUGACGACGCGACAAUAUCGUCUGUGUCGCCGUCGUUGAAGCCGCUGGGUUUGCGCGGCGAGGGAGUCGGAGAGUCGAUACACGAUCUGAACGACGUCGGAAUCGAUGAGGAAGAGGAGAGAGAGUGGCAGGAGGUGGCGUCUCGUGCCAAGUUGACGUCGCAGUCGGAGGCGUUCUCGACCGUGUCGCUCAUGUUUGCCGUCGAGAGCAUUUGCGUGACGUUCGCAAUCGAGGAUAUCGGCGCCGUCGUCAAUGUUAACGACGCGAACGCGUGGUUGACCGUGAAGAGAAACACGGAAGGCGACGAUCGGUCGAGUUCGACGUCGGAUAAUCGGCGGCUCCGCACGUUUGCAACGACGAGUUUUGGGGGAGUUGUGCCGUCGAUAACGCUUGCCGUCAACGAUCAUCUCAAUACAAAGGGUAGCACGUUAGUGGUUGUCGAUGUGGAGAACACGCAGGUUGUCGUUACGAACGUGGCAAACGGCAAAUGGCAGCAGACGGUAGUUGGCGUGGAUACCGUCGGGGUGGACAUCAACUUUCUUCAAUCUGUUGUCGCUCUGCACACGGCAAUAGAUCGCAGCUUCCCUAUGCUCAACAGAGAGGCACAAUCGAUGAUGGACAUCACAGGCAGAGAGUCUGGUUACGACGAGGUCGACUCACCCGUGCUGGAUACGAGGUGUCGUCACAAAGUGGUGGUGGAGGGAAGGUUGCCCAAGAUUGCCGUGUCCGCUGUGUUGUUGCCGUCGCUGUCGGCGAGUUAUCGAAUUAGUCGCUUGGGGUUUGGACUGACGGCGGAAGAGAUCACGUCGUUUACGGCUGCUGUGGUGAAUCAAAGGUUGGAGUUUACAUCGAAGGUUGAACUGGAGAUGGGGACACUUCCAUCUGUCGGUUUGCCAAACGUUUCUAUUGCCGGCCAGAUGUCUCCAAUAUCUGCAAUAGAAACGGCGGCGCUUUCCGACGAGCCUGUCGUUUCGCGCGCUGCUCGUCGGCGCGGCUCCGUCUCGCCACGUUUCGACGUCGACGUCGACAUCGACAAGAUCGCUGUCACGCUGACGACAGACAUGGUCAAACAUCUCGCAGUCAUUCAGAGCAAAUUCGUGCGAGAAACGGCCGACAUUCUGAAGGAUCUCGGAAAUAUUGGAUCUCAUAUUGCAGGCGAUUACUUACCGUCGGAUACGGACGAUGCGACGAAGGAAGAUUUGCCUUGCUUUUGUGUUCAAGUCAACUUACAGUCGUGCCGACUCCCGUAUGACACUCUAAACGGCGGGAACCACUUUAGGACUAGCACAAGCACACCUGGUUCAGACAACGGGCUUGCGUACAGGGAUGCCAAAGUUGCGUACAGUGUAUACGCAUAA